AUGUUAGAGUGUAAAGAAUCAGAUCAUAAUUAAUAGGAGAUAAUAUUAAUUUGUAUUAAUAUGAAUUGUUAGUUAAAAAGAGGCUGUUGUAUAGAUUGUAUUCAAAUGCACAAAGCACAUAAAUCAGAUUUGAAAACAAUGAAAUAAAUUAAAGAAUGGAAGAAAACUACAAUUUAGAACUAUGAAAUAUAUUAAAAAAAGAUAAGUUAGAUUGUUGAAAUAAUGGGUUAAGCUGAAAAAUACUUAUCUUGUAUGGGUGAAGAUUUAGAAAAAUAAUUUGAAGUAAUAAUGGAAAAUGAGUAUGAAAAAUAAGUUUAUAAUUUGUUAAGAAUUCAACAAUUAUAAUCAUCUUUCAAUUAAUUAAUACUUAAUUUAGAAACAUUAAUGGAACCUAUUUCUUAAAUAUUUUCAAUUAUUGAAUCAUCUUCAAAAGACAUAUGGGUUAAGGCAUAAAAAACUCUUAAUAUAUCUAAUAAUAAAUAACAAAUUAUUGGCUAAGAAUCAUAAAUAAUAUAAGAAAUAAAAAUAGAUUUAGGAAAUUAAGAGAUUAAUCAAAAAUAAAAUAGAAUGAAAAUAUUCAUAAAUUUAGAUUUAAUAAGGAAAGAGAAUAAUUAUAAUAUUUAUCAAUACCCAAGAUAUUAUAAAUCAUCUAUUGAUAAACUGGAAGACUAUAAAACCAUUAUUCUAAUUGGAACUUAAAGUUCAGAAAAAUAGAAAUUAAUAAACUUAUUUUUAAAUUACUAUCAUGAUAUAAAAUUAUCAGAUUCUAAUAUAUUUGAAAUAGCUGAUGAUAUUGAUAUUACUAAAGAGAGAUAAAAUGAUGAAUAUGAAUAAAUGAAAGUAUAUUAUAUUACUCCUUAAAAUGGAAAACCAGGACUUAGAAUUAUAUAUACACCUAAUUAUAGUGAUGAUUUAAAUUAUGAUGAUUAAAAUAUCUCUAAUAGAAUAUUUGAUGUUAUCUAUAAUUCAGCUUUGCUUGAUCAAAAUAUAUUAAUUGGUUUUGUAAUUCCAUAAUAAGUAUAAAUAGGUACAUUUUAUAUGUUAGAAUCUGUUUUAUGUAAAUUAUCUAAUGUUUUAAUCAAAAAUAUAGUGUUUUUAUUUCCAGAUUGUAUAGAUGAUUAUCCUAAAUAGAAAAAUAUAUUAUAAUCUAAAACUGAUAAAAUUAAUGGUAUACUAUCUCCUGUUUUAAAAAUGAUACCAACUAUGAAUAAUAUUUGGUAUCUCAAAUUUAAUACUAAUACUUUAUUUGUAGAAAAUAAAACAUAAGAGAAUUAACUACUUUGGGAGAUGGGAAAUGAUAGUUUCAAAUUGAUUCUCCAGGAUUAUUUAUAAAAUAAAAUUAAUAGUAAUAAACUUUUAGAUAUGAAGUCUAAAUAUGAUCAAUUUUUCGAUUAUAUAAGUUUUUCAUUGUUUACAUAAAAACUAGAAAAAAAGUUUUUGGAAUUGUAUAAGAGAGAUAAUUUUCAUGUAGAACUAUCAUAGAAAUACGAGAAUUUAUUAAAAAAAAUGAAAGACUAGAUAAAUUUAUAAAGUGAAAAACAAAUUUAUCUCAAUAAUAAUGGUGAAAUAGGUUAUACUUAUUAAUUAUUAAAUGGAGAGAAGUCUGCUUAAAUUAUUUACUAAACCAUGGAGAAGUUUAAUGAGUGCAUAAAUGAAUAACAUGAAAUGUUAUAUUCUUUUUAAAAUAAAAAUGGAGAUAUAUAUGAUAAAAAUUUUGAAGAAUUUUAUGAUCUGUUUAGAAAUUUUGGUAAUUUUAUGAUAUAAGAAUAUAAUUCAUGGAAAUUAUUUUUCAAAUUUAAUUCCAUAUUAACUUCUAUAAAUCACACUUAAUGGAGAUAUUAUGAACAUUUAAAUUACAAAGAAUAAAGUUCAAAGCAAGAAGGAUGGCAAACAAGAAUGAAACUCUUAAGUAAAAUAAUUAAAUUAUAUAAUUAUUUUGAUGAUUGCUAUUCUAAACUACCUAAUUUAGAUCAACUAAUUAAAUAAUGGUCUGACUAAAAUUUUACGAAUAAAAAUUGUUCUUAUGUUUAAUAUCAUAAGUAAUCAGUGUCUUCUUUCCGUGAUAAUAUCCUUCAAGUGAGCCAUAUCAAAUUAUUUUAAAGACAUCAAUAAGUUUAAAUUUAACAAAGAAUAUCUUAAAAUUGUGAUCAGGAUUUUAAAAAUUUCAUUCAGGAAAUUUUGCAAUUUCUAUUAAAUUGA